AUGAUCUUGCAUCUAACGAUCCAUCACUAUUUAAGCCCAUCUUACGAAUACCCAGAUGUUUUUGGAUCGUCUGCUAGUGCGCAGCCCAACAGCGCGUGCGUGAUGGAGUCCUUCGACGUUACCGCUCUUUAUACAAACGUGUCGAAUGACUCCGCAAUGCAAGCCAUAUUCGAACUCCUUACACAACACGAAGGAGAAAUAAACAUAUGGUCUGGAAAGUACUACGCUCAAAUAAGAGGGUUGGCAAUUGGACAACGACUGGCUCCAAGCCUUGCCAUUGCAUUUAUGUCUAAGGUGGAAGCACCGGUGACUGAUCUCGGGCCGCUACUCUACUGUAGAUGGUCUGGAAAGUACUACGCUCAAAUAAGAGGGUUGGCAAUGGGACAACGACUGGCUCCAAGCCUUGCCAUUGCAUUUAUGUCUAAGGUGGAAGCACCGGUGACUGAUCUCGGGCCGCUACUCUACUGUAGAGUAUAUCAAGUUCACCCGAGAAAAGCCGAAAGAAAAAUGGCCUCCAUUUUUGAACGUACAAAUUCACCUAUCAGAAAAUGGCUACAUUACAAAGUGGUACCGAAAGCCAAGUAG